AUGAUUGAUUUCAUAAAACCAGUACACUUAAAGCAUCACAUGAAGAUCUUUUUAACUUUCAAUUGUCUGACGAAAUACGCUUACUUUGCAAGUCCUUUUGACUUUACCGCUCCGAAAUUGGAUCCUUUUCUACCUUGCACAAUGGAAUGUGGUGUGAAAAAUUUUGUUAAACAUCAUUGUCGAGUGAAAGAAUGUAACACGCAAACCAAUAGCAACAAUUCAAACAAUAGCCAAAAAUCAUUUGACCAAAUCAAAUAA